AUGCCUCCGUCUAGUGGGCACCUGCUGCUCCCCAAGCUCUGGAGAGCGGCUAGGUUCGCCUACGCGAAGGCGUACAAAGCCGUAAGGGCAAAGUUCCCAGAACCGUCUCAACAAGUUUCGCUUCGUCUCCAGCCCGCGUAUGUGCGAAUUUCCCCCCAACAGCCCAUCAAUCGCGCCGCAGCCAUCCGUCAAGCCCGCAGUCGCCACUUCUCCACCCGUGCGGCAGGCUCUUUCGCUUCAUACUUCAAGACAGCGGCACAGGGUGACCGGACUGCGUAUCGGACAUCUCGCAUUGCGGCCAACAUCAGCCGCCUCACCAGUCGGGCGCCGUUUGCUUCUGCUCUUCGUCCGAACCUCACCGGAGGUACCCUCGGCCGUACUGCGGGGGGAUAUGUGAUCGGUGCAGGCCGUGUCGGAGGUGCACGAUACUUUUCGCAUGGUCCGGCUGCACCGGCUCAAGUUAUAAACAAUGUGUCUGUGGGUGUUCGGGCUUUCUUCCUCUCGGGGCAGAAGGCUCGGUUCGACGGCAUUGACCAUGUCACCGGAAACAAGAAAUUCAAAGCCGUGACGGUGCUCCAGGAUGAGGCUGAGCGCAAGAUGACCGCUAUCCCUCGCACAGCCCCUGGCUCUUCCAUCGAUUUUCAAAUCUCGCCCACCAUUACUGCCUUUGGUCUUCAGAAGAAGUUUGCCGGAGCUAGCGUUGAGACCGAGACCCUUAACUCCGAGGGCCUUUUGGACUUCCUCUCCGCCGAUUUCGCCCGUGCCCUCAAGGACUUGGCCGCUGUUCUGAACGACCUCAAGCGAUUGUCGACUCUAGGUGACCUGCCAAUCCUACUCCAAGAUAGAUCAACCAUCCGAGUGAGAUUCCCAGGUUGUGACGCCGAGACGGUCGAGCGACUCUGCGACGAAGUCGGUGUUCAACGAGGAAAAAUCAUGCAAGACGCAGACUUCGACAUCCGCACAGGCGCCGAACUGGCCCUCCUCUUCCCAUUCGCCCCAAGUAUCGCUCCAUCCACGGAUGCAGACGACUUCUUUUUCCGCGCGGAGAUUACCCCAUCGCAACGACCCGACGAAGUCGACUGGCAAGCAAUGAUGUCAGUCGAAGACGGCGACACACAGGUCUCCCCCGAAUACGGACGCCGACGACCAAGCAACGAGAUCAGCUUCGACGACUCCGCAAUGUUCGGGUCCAACCCAUGGGCCAAGUCGUCCUCGGGGUAUUCUAGCAUCAACGUGAGUGAGCUUGGUGAUCGAGCAUUCUUUCCUGAGGUUGUGAGCUAUGGGUUCCAGGAGAGUGCCUCUGAGUAUGAUGGCUCUGAGGGGAUCCGUAAGUUCAUAGCCGAAUGUGAUCAGGCUGUUGGUGGGCGUUAUUGA